UUUAGUUUAAGUCAUGCCUACUUUCAGAUAUAAGAAAUAAACUGCUUACUAUAAAUUAUAGGUGUUGGGGCUCAAUCUUUGUCAGUCUUUCGUCAAAGACGAAGGACUAACAACCACCAAGAGUCGUUUAAUAAAACACUGAUAACCAGGAUGAGACAUCCUCACCCUAACGUUUGGGUGUUCAUCGACGAGCUAAAGAAAAUUGAAAACGCAUACAGCAGAGCGUACGCUGCGUACGCGAAUGGGGCGCAACCUCGAGCAACGCCUCCAGCGUACCUGGCACAAAAUCUAAGAAUUGCGGAAGCAACAGAAUUGUAUAUUACAGGGGAAUAUACAGUUCUCCAGUUUCUGCAGCGAGCAAGCCAUGCUGUAAUGGACGCCUUUGUCCACCCCAAUGAUAAUGAUGAUCCAGAUGAUGAUGUGGCUCAUCCACCACCUCCUUCGCCAAUCGGAAUACCUCAUUUACUUGAGGAUCCCGUGGAACCGAUUGCGGAACCUAGACGACGCAGACGAGCUCCAGAAGAUCCAAUUAUUGAGAAUCCUCAAGAAGUCCUUGGAAGAGGACGAAGACUUGUCCGCGGUGCUGUCCGUGGUCGCAGUCGAGCUCGUGGUCGUGGUCGAGUCCGUGGGCGCGGUCUAGCCCGUGGUCUAGUUCAAGGUGAUCAAAAUGAACACCGAGCACAUCCGCAGGAAACUAUUGAUGAGCAGUUUCAUCGAUUGCAAGGAAUCCCUGUGGACGAUGAUGGGACUGUGGCAGACCCAGGGGAAGCCACCUGCUCAACAUGCCUUGUAAAUAUAAGGACUUACAUGAUUGUACCCUGCAGUCACAUAGUGUUUUGUGGACCUUGUGUUCGCCUCCACCGGCAGGGUAUGAGAAAUGAGGCAGGAGAAUUAAUUAACUUUGUGGUAUGUCCCAAUUGUAGGAUAAAGGUUGAGACAUACCAAAGAGUAUAUAUUGUGUAAAGUGUGUGCGUAACUAUGUGUAAAUAUUAUACAGUAAAUCUAUUUUGUAACUUUUUUAGUAUUCUAUUACCUAGAAAUUUAGUUUUUUUACAUUAUAGUCAAGAUUUUGUUACAUAUCUAGUUAGAUAACUUUGUGCCUUCCCUGUCAAAUUUCAUGCUGAUGUCUGUAAUAGUUUGUAUACAACUGUACCAAAAUGAAUGUCUAAUAUGGUAUUGGAGUCUUUUUAUAAAUAUUAGGAUUACAUUAAAUUUACCAACAAACAAAAUAGUUUUAUUUUCGUCGUUCAAUAUUUUUGACGUUCUUUAAUUCUUACGAUACUUAAUUACCGAUCGCUGUAACGUGUGUUUGUCACACUUUGUGUAUAAAGCCCCAGAAUUGGACAACCAAAGUAACGAAAUGAUGUGCUUUGUAAUUAAUUAGCUUAAAGUUUAUAUUUUAUUUGUCCAUAAUUUGUUAAUUAAUACAUGUUAUGUUGUGAAUAAAGCAGAUGGAAUGAGAUUACAGGGAAA